GAGUUGCAAAUUCCUAUUAUGGCUCUCCGUGAAAUUCAACACAUCUCUACUAAAAUGCCAAAGCCAUUAAAUGAAGAUGAACUCAGAUUGUUUCUGGAAUUUCACCAUGAGAUCAGAGCAUUGGUUUAUUUUAAGGAUCUUCCCGAUUUUAUCAUUUUAGAUACACAGUGGUUAUCUGAUGCUUUUAAAUGUAUAGUCACAGCAGAGAAAUUUCAGUUAGAUGUAAGCAGGCAUAGAUUGAAGGGAAAAUUGAAGGAUUUAAAUGUCAGAGGAAUAUUACAUAGCGAUAUUUUAAAAGGUAUCUUUAAAGAUAAAAACAACAUUUUGUAUAAACAAGAUCAACAUAAAGAUGAUAUCCUGAAUAUUAUGGAGAAAUUCGAUAUUAUCAUACCCGCACCUAGAGAGAGUCUUGAUGAAAAGGAUUGCUACUAUGUACCUUGCAUGGUCAAAUCAAAACCAGAAAAGGACAUAUAUGAGAUGUUCAAUGUGACCAACGAUAACUGUAAGAAAUCCACCUGGUUAUGUUUCAAGUUUAUGUUUCUACCACCACAUCUUAUUAAUCACUUGAUUGCUUCACUGAGCCGGAAGUUUAAAAUUGCAGAGUUGGAUGCCACUGAACAAAAGAAAGGUCAAAUUGCUCUUUUCAGAGGUACUGUUGUCUUUGAAUUGCACAAGAGUACAAAACUGAGAAAACUUAUUUUAAUGACAUGUCCCAAUUUUAUUCAGAUUCAGAUUUUGGAAUUCAAAAAAGAAAUUAAAAGAGGUAUGUACAAAGACAUUGCUGCCUUCGUGACAGAGGAAAUAAUCAAGAUAAUAAGUAGAAGAUUCAAGAUGUCAAAUGUAAAAUUUGAGAAAAAGUGGAAAUGUGGUCUUAAAAAACCAGAGUCUGUUACAGGGUUGAAUGAUUUUAGUGAAAAACAGAUUAUAAAAUAUCAUUGUGAGAAAUGUCAAGCAACCCACAAGUUCACUGAUGAAUGGUCAGAUCUACAAAAUGAAUCGCUAUGUAUCACCAAGGAAGAGUUUAAUUUUACAAAAAUGGGAAUGAUUGUGCUUAAUAUUCUUGCUGAUGUUUUAUAUGAUUUACUCAAACAAUCUAGACCAAACCUGCCUCCGAGGAGUGACUGUGAUAUAACAUACUUGUACAGAGAGCACAGGAAUCUUAAUAAACAUAUUCCUAGUAAUUUUUGGGGCGGGACAUGGCAAACUAUUCAGAAUACAGACAUAGCUAUUGGAGAUGAUAUUGAGCGCAUACGACUUACAAGAAAUGAACUGCAACACUCUAAAACAUUUAAUCUCGAUGAAAAUCGUUUUAGUGAUUUAUGCAAUAUCAUUGGUCAUCUUUUGAAACGUUUUGAUAAAAAUAUCAAACCAGUAAGUCGAUAUACAGAUCGACUAAAUGAAACAUUAGCUAAAACUUGCUCUGAGGAGGAAGUUAUAUCAUUUGAAAACGACUUGUUGACAUGGAACUGAGAUAUGAUUUGCAUUCAAGGCAAUAAUACAGAAAAUGGUAGAAAAAUUUACCGAUGGCAAUCCAGCGAGGUAUAUCAACAGGGACGAUACCAAGCCUAAUUAUUUAACAAUGCGCCAUUGUAUGAACAGAAAGAAAAAAAAACUAUUUUUGUGAUUUUAUUUUUUUCAUGUCGCCAAAUUACCCUUGUCCUUCAUUAUCCGUGGUAUUAACGUCAAAACCCGUAGUCAAACCGUUGUGCAUCCGUAUCGGAUCCGUAUCUGACUACGGAAACUGCAUUUCCGGGAUCAUUCGUGAGAUUUAUUCCGUAGUGGAUCCGGCGAGGUGAUCCGUGAAUCUGUGACCUAGGCAUAAAAGUAAUUUUUCAAUGUAUUUAAAAACAAAGUGAAUUGCUUCCUGCUAACCAUUUUAUAUUACUUGUAUUACACGG